AUGCAAAAUAUUGUUAUAGAAAAUACCAUUUUCUAUGAUCAUAAGAUCCAUGCUUACCUAUUGAUAGAGAUGUUAGCACCCUUCGAAAUCUUAACGACGUAUGUUUCACGAGACAAAUCCAUAGCGACCUCUUACGUUGCUAUUUUAAUUGAACCCAAAAAUAACAUUGGACAAUGUUCUAAAUGUGCUCAAGGAAUACAAAUAGCUGUAAACUCCAAUAAUACAGUCAGUAAAGUGGAGAAGUGCAUUACACAAUUUACGACAAAUUAUAAUAUUAUAUACUCGUCAGGCAUGUUAGACAUCACGAAAAGAACUUCAGUUGUAGAUGCAUUCAAAUCAGUCACAGGUACUCAUUUUUAUACUGCCGAUGGCUUCACAAAGGCAAUUAAACGGAUAUUAAAGGCGACCGGGCUUUUGACGGUACAUAGACUAGCUCAGCUGAUUAAUGGUUCAGAAAGUGAUACAAGUCGACAGGGUGUGCCUAGUUUCCAUACAAGUUUAAUUGGUAACAUUUAUAAUAUAGACUCACUCAGAAAUGAAAGAGAUAUAGAUACAUUUAUAGUGGGCAACCUGCCAAAGGAAUUUAGGGUAGAAGAAGAGUUACUAAGCUGUUUCUGGAAGGACAUGAGGAAUGUUCUAAAAGUGUCCGGAAGGGCGGCUGGCUGCGAUAUUAAUGACAAAUCAUUAAGUGAUGAAACAGUGAGUAAACAAAUCUUAUCUAAAUGCUCAGAGAUUGAAAAGCUUGUGCUUGAAGAUUCCAUUUGGAUUGGUGUAUAUAGAAAUUACAUCAACGAAUGUAGACGUGGGAUAAGAGGAGAUAUUUAUUUACCAUAUUCUAUCGAGUAUCUUCUAUCGCUUCAGGUUACUUCGGUUAACACCGAAAGAACCUUUUCUAAAUUAAAAUCAAUUUACGGUGACCAAAGACAUCGUCUAAAUGAUAAGACGGUAGAAGAUGAAGCAAUUGUAACAAACGUAAUCUAA